AUGCGUACCCGCAACCGAACGUACUCUAUCAUCGAGACUCGUGAAUCACUGAAGGCACGCUCCCCGUUAGCGGACAAGAGCACUCAGGUCCGCGAAAUUUGUCUGUACGACUACCACGCUACGGGAAUGCCGGGCUACGCUCCCUCCUCCGUGAUCAACCCCCUUGCAAGCCAGUAUGUGGAGCGGCUGGAACAACUGUGUGCUGCACAAGACCAGGAUGCCUUCCAGAUACAAGGAGCAUUGAGGUGGCUAUCUGGUACGGAAACGCAAGGCCGACCAUGUGAAGAAGGCGCGCUCCACUUCCUCGACCCCAUCAUCAACCGCAAAAUCGAUAUCGAGGCCGAGUUACGCACGAUCGAGGACUACCCGCCCACCACGCACGAAGCGCUCAGCUGCUUAGCGCACUCGAUCGCCGCGUACAUAUACUUCAGGAAGUACAUGGCGAGUGCGGAAGAGCUCCGUGCGGUCGUGGAUGACUCUCGGAUCCGCUUCCCGCGCGGCCAGUACCAGACGCGUGUCGACGACCAGUGGGAGAACAUGUCGCACGCCGCGCGCCAUGCCACCCACGCCGCGGCCGGCGGUUUCGUCAGCCCUGCGGUGCUCAUGGUGGGCUUCGCGCUCAAGACGCUUGUAGAGCAUGUGUCCGUCGACAUGUCGCUCAGCCUGCAGGAUUUGAAGCAAUACAGGCCCCUCUGGCGUGCGAUUGAGCGGUGGACCCGAGAGCUGUUCGACGUGAAAUCGCGAGGGCCCGGGAAGCAACCUCAGGCGCCGCCGCCGUCAAACCAGUGCAGCGCGGCUAACUGCGCUGCUGUGAACGUAUGCCGCCAGUCAGGACCGAGGCCGCGCAGUUGCAAGUGUAGCGUGGAGGUGGCGCCGCGGUACUGCAGCAAAGAGUGCCAGGACCAGGACUGGACCAGGCAUCAGGCAACUUGCAUGAGCGGCGGCGUUUUCACGCCACCGGCAAUUAUCAUGGCGCGGCACGAGAGGGUUUACGAUGACCUGAUUGUGAUGUCGGCGUUGGGGAAUCCCAUUGUGCGAGUUGAAGUGAUGGAGGAUGAUGAAAACAGGGAGGAUCCAAUGAAUGGAGAGGUUCUGGUCGUAUUCGAGCUUCCCUGCCCUUUCGGUACGCCCGGUAAGGAGGUCCUGUACGCUCUGAAGCACUACGAGUGA